GCGUUUAUACAUGGCUAUUGCUAAGCCUUGCCCCCAUUCUUCUUCACAAGUCAUGACAAGCAGAAGAGAAGAAAACCCUAUUCCCAUAAAACAACAGUUUCGGAAGAGAAUGAAAAGGAAGAAAAAUAAGCGAAGAAGAAGAAGAGUGAAGAAGAAAGCAGAAACAAAAUCCCAACCCUGCCGGUUUCCAAAUAUUCCAGAAGAAAUCAUUGUCGAAAUACUCUCAAGAUUAUCCCUCAAUUCUCUUUCGAGAUUAAGGUGCGUUUCCAAACAAUGGUAUUCUUUGGUUUUUGACAUCAUUCCCAAAGUAACCGGGAGGAACAUGGUUCUCGUUCAAUCCAUUUCAAGAUCUGGUACCCCAACGUUCCACUCCAUUGACGAAGAAUCUCAUGAGACACAAGUGCGCAGACCAUGGGAAAAGAGUAUACCUUGCCUAUCAAAAAAAGAGAGUAUACCUCCCAUAUUUUUCGGUUCAUGUAAUGGCUUGGUGCUUCUAAAUAUUACUGACGACUUAUUCCUGUGGAAUCCCAUCACUAGUUAUUUUAAGAAAGUUUUAUCGUACAACCGCUUGGCUGAUACAUCGUAUAGUGUUGUUUCCGGACUUUGCUAUGACUCAUUGUCUGAUGAGUACAAGGCUGUAGUGGGGCUUUCGCAUGACAGUCCACUUUAUGGUGGUGAAUUUGUAAAGGUUGGUAGUUUCAAAAGCAAAAAUUGGAGAAUGGUUGGAUUGCCUUAUGCGGUUGGUACAGUGCAAUCAGGACCAGUGAUAAAUGGAAGCCUACAUUGGUAUGGCUUGAAGAAAAACUCGGGUCGCUUCCUUCCCGGGCCCCAGAUUUUUUACUUCAAUCCAGAUCUGAAUACCUUUAAAAAGAUUCCUAUGCCGGAGCCUAAGCACAAGGAGGAGGGAGAUAUGAUUUUCGGGUUGGGAGUUUUGGACGGAUGUCUUUCUCUGGUUCGUCAUGACAAUCCAAGCAAUUAUAAAUGCCACAGAGUCGAGAUAUUGACAAGGAAGGAAUACGGUAUGAAAAAGUCGUGGACUUCGCUGUUUAUCAUAUCGAAUUUGACAUUAAGGCAUUGGGAUACAUUGGAGCCAUUAUGCUAUACAAAGAAUGGUGAAGCUCUAAUGAAAGUUUCCUCGUAUCAUAACGGUAAUACCAUGAGGGCGUACAAUGUUAAUGACAGUUUACAUAGAGAAAUUUCAAACUAUAUCGAUGCAAUUAAGUAUGAGGAAAGUUUGAUUGCACCUACUGGCUACGAUUGGGAAGAGGAAGAGCUGAGAGGGGAAGCAACAUAUACAGAUUUCUGGUAUGGAACAUUAGUCAAGUACAAAAAAAUAGGGAAUGGGUCCUGGAAAAUCUUCGAAGAGAGAGAUUUUGAGCAGCAAAACUCAGAGGAGGAGGAUGAGUUAGAAACAGAUGAAGAGUAGUGUAAGAAAAUGAGUACAAAAGAUAAGGAAAAGCUCGUGAAUGCUUAUCUUAUUCUUUAUAUCUUCCACUCUAGCUAGCGAAUUUCGACAUCACUUGU